GAAGAGAGCUUAGAGCAAUAGAGCAUAUAUUCUAUCUAGCAAACUCAAACUCCUCCUCCAUUAUAAACUCACAUACUCCAUAACAUUACCAUAUCAUCACACAUUCUAAUAUGGUAGUGGCAACUCCAACUCCCCUGCUACGCCGUGGUACCAAGAAAACCGCGGCUUUCGGGGUUCCAACAAUUGACUUGUCCGAGGACAAGUCCAUUGCGUCCGAAAUGAUUGUAAAAGCAUGCGAGGAUUAUGGUUUUUUCAAAGUAGUGAACCAUGGCGUUCCCAAAAAGGUCAUUGCGAGAAUGGAAAGAGAAGCCGUGGACUUCUUUUCGCAUCCCAUUGCUCAGAAGGGACGCGCGGGACCUGCGGCUCCUUUUGGUUAUGGCUGCAAGAACAUUGGGUUCAAUGGGGACAAGGGUGAUCUUGAAUACAUUCUCUUGGAAGCUAAUCCUAUUUCUCUUUCUCAACGUGCCAAAACCAUGUCUAAUGAUCCUUCUACUUUCAGUCACAAAUGAUUACGUAAGUGCAGUUAGGAAGCUGGCUUGUGACAUUUUAGAAUUGGUGGCGGAUGGUUUAUGGAUGGAAAACAAGUCUAUCUUCAGCAAGCUCAUAAGUAAUUCACAAAACGACUCUUGCUUGAGAGUCAAUCACUAUCCACCAUUUAUUGCACCUAAUAAUAAUUAUAAUCAUAAUGAUAAUGAUGAUGAAGAAUUGAACAAUCAUUGGGACCCAUCAUCUGAGCUGGUAGAAGAAGGACUCCACAUCUCUCCACUAAUCCCAGCUGUUGGAUCAAAAUCAAGAGUUGGAUUUGGAGAACAUACUGACCCACAGAUAUUGACUAUCCUUCGAUCAAAUGACGUUAGUGGCCUCCAAAUUUGUUCUCACGACGGAUUUUGGAUCCCUGUUCCUCCUGACCCCAAUGAGUUCUUUGUUUUUGUGGGGGACUCCUUUCAGGCUUUGACGAAUGGAAGAUUUACAAGUGUAAGACAUAGGGUGGUGGCGAUAAAUUCAUGGAAGAGUAGAAUGUCCAUGAUGUACUUUGCUGCUCCUCCACUUGACGCUUGGAUAACUGCUCCUCCUCAAAUCAACAAUAGUAUUUCAAGUAAUAUCUAUAGGCCUUUCACGUGGGGCAACUUCAAACAAAUUGUAUAUUCACUACGUCUGGCUGAUAGUCGUCUUGACUAUUUCACGAACCAUGCCCAAUGAUACAGUAUGAUGACAGCUUAUUCACCUUAUGUGCUCUGAAGGAGCAGUACUUAGCAGUCUUAGCUACCUAUUGUCUACUCUAAAUGUGAUCAGGAAGAAUCUUUUAGAGGCCUAGAAGGUGUAUAUGUAGUUUCUUAUAUAUGCAUAAUAGUUAUCUUUUAGGUGUACUCAAUAGUGUAGAUCUUUUGUUCCCGUGUUAUUAUUAGUGUAUAAAGAAAUUAGUUUUUUUA